CAUGAAGAAUUAAUUAAUUGUAUUAAAAAUAAAUAGUUGAUCGACGGUUAUAUACUCCUAUCUCUUAUAAGUUUUGGCUGCAGAUCUAAGACUCAAUCAAGCCAUUUUGAUAAAAUGUUUCAAUAAGACUACGGACACGCACGCGCUAUAAAAAAAGGUGAUAUUGACAAAAUGGUGGUUAAAAUUAUCAUCAUCGGGGCUGGAGUUGGUGGUACAGCAGCAGCUGCUAGACUUAGCAAAAAAGGAUUUCAAGUAGAAAUUUAUGAAAAAAAUUCAUAUAAUGGUGGAAGAUGUUCACUCAUUUAUCAAAAUGGACAUCGAUUUGAUCAAGGUCCAUCAUUGUAUCUAAUGCCCAAAAUAUUUGAAGAGACAUUAGAAGAUUUAGGGGAGGACAUUAAAAAUCACAUAGAGUUAUUGAAGUGUUCUACUAAUUAUAAUGUACAUUUUCACGAUGGAGAAACGUUCGAACUCACCACAGAUAUAUCAAAAUUAUCUCGUUCUUUGGAAAAAUAUGAAGGCAGUGAUGAAUCGACAUUAAUUAAUUUUUUGAGCUAUUUAAAGGAAACUCAUAUACACUAUCAAAGAGGCGUUAAAGUUGCACUCAAAACCGAUUUUCAACAUUGGUAUGAUUUAUUCAAUCCAAAAUAUAUACCAGACAUAAUCCAACUGCAUCUACUGGACACUGUUUAUAACAGAGUUUGUAAGUAUUUCAAGAGCGACUACAUGAGAAAAGCGUUUUCAUUCCAGACUAUGUACUUGGGAAUGUCUCCAUAUAGUGGCUUAGCUGCCUAUAGCUUGCUGCAGUACACUGAAAUAGCAGAAGGGAUUUGGUAUCCGAAAGGAGGCUUCAAUACAGUUUUACAAAGUCUUGAAAACAUUGCUGUAAAACAUGGGGCAAAAUUCCACUAUAAUGCAGAUGUCCAAAAAAUAAUAGUUGAUGACAAAGGAGUGGCAAAAGGAAUCAAAUUGGUAAAUGGUGAUGUAGUAAAUAGUGACAUUGUAAUUUGUAAUGCAGAUCUCGUAUAUGCGUACAACAAACUUUUACCAAAAACAUCAUACGCUAAAAAACUCGGCAAAAAAGAACUCACUUCAUCUUCUAUAUCAUUUUAUUGGUCCAUGAAAACAAUUGUGCCACAAUUGAAAGAACACAACAUUUUUUUGGCUGAAAAAUAUAAACAAAGUUUUGAUCAAAUAUUCAAGGAUCAUACGUUGCCCGACGAACCAUCGUUUUAUGUUAACGUGCCAAGUCGCAUCGAUCCAACAGCAGCACCAGAAGGAAAAGACACAGUCGUGGUCUUAGUACCAGUGGGGCAUAUAACGAAUGUCUCUAAUAUUGAUUUCGAUCAACUUGUUAAGAAAGCUAGAGAAAAUGUAAUCGACACAAUGGAGAAAAGAUUGAAGAUAUCCAACUUCAGAAAUUUGAUCGAUCAUGAGAUAGUGAACGAUCCUAGAACAUGGCAAAACAAAUUUAACUUAUGGAAAGGUUCUAUACUAGGAUUAUCUCAUUCGUUAUUUCAAGUUUUAUGGUUCAGACCUAGUUUGAAAUGUAAAAUAUUUGAAAACCUGUAUUUUGUUGGUGCUUCGGUGCAGCCUGGUACUGGUGUACCAAUAGUUUUAUGUGGAGCAAAAUUACUAGAGAAACAGUUGUGUGAUAGGUUCUCGGAGAAUACAGUUAAACUAAAAUCAUAUUCGAAGUCCUUUUCAUUAUUAAUCAGUAUCCUAGCAAUUCUGUUUUUUUGCUUUGUUUCUGAAUUUUAAAUUUAACCGAGUAUGACAUUAUAUUAUUUGUAUAUAUUUUAAGCAUUAUAAUUUUCUCAUU